AUAUAUAUAUAUAUAUAUAUCUUGUGUUAGCUUAUUGACUAGCAGGACAUUUUUAUAGGAUAAGUAUUUAGUAUUUAUUUAUUCGGUCAAGACCAACAUGGGGAUAAUAGGGCAUGUUGUUAACGCGUUAUCCAUGGUGUCCUCUCGCUAAUAAAGCAAAGUUCGUUCGCUAAUCAAUUUGCUCGCUAUUUGUUUUGGAUGUCAUGGCUUCAACGAAUGACAGAGGAUUUAUGUUAAGGUUACCUGCACCGAUUAAAGACACGGUUUAAUCGACGGGGGUUGGACUUGACAUUUCCAGACGUACCUUUUUUUUUUGUAACGUUGCCUAAAAAUGUUUUGUUAUUGUCACUAACGUUACUAGAUUAUUUAUAGGGGGAACUAAACUACCGGUAACUACCGAGACUCCACAAUGCAUGACGCUUACGAACCGGUCCCUAUCCUGGAGAAACUGCCUCUGCAGAUUGACUGUCUUGCUGCUUGGGAGGACUGGCUUCUGGUCGGCACUAAACCAGGCCAUCUCCUGCUCUACAGGAUAAAAAAUAAUGCAGGUACCAACAGGUUUGAGGUAACUCUGGAGAAGUCCAACAAGAACUUCUCAAAGAAGAUCCAGCAGCUGUUUGUUGUGUCACAGUACAAGAUCCUCGUCAGUCUGUUAGAGAACAACAUCCAUGUCCACGACCUCUUGACCUUCCAGCAGAUUACUGUGGUCUCCAAGGCCAGAGGGGCAACGCUCUUCGCCUGUGACCUGCAGCAGUCCCCCUCGGGAGAAGCCCAGCUGAGGAUGUGUGUUGCUGUGAAGAAGAAGCUUCAGCUGUACUACUGGAAGGACAGGGAGUUCUACGAGCUACAGGGGGACUUUGCUGCUCCAGACAUCCCGAAGUCCAUGGCCUGGUGUCAGAACUCCAUCUGUGUAGGCUUCAAGAGAGACUACUACCUCAUCCGGAUGGAUGGCCGUGGCUCCAUCAAGGAGCUCUUCCCCACGGGGAAGCAGCUGGAGCCCCUGGUGGCCCCCCUGGCUGAUGGGAAGGUGGCGGUGGGCCAGGAUGACCUCACGGUGGUGCUCAACGAGGAGGGGGUCUGCACUCAGAAGUAUGCUCUCAACUGGACCGACAUCCCCAUCGCAAUGGAACAUCAGUCCCCCUACAUCAUAGCUGUCCUGCCUCGCUAUGUGGAGAUCAGGACCUUUGAACCCAGACUGCUGGUCCAGAGUGUGGAGCUGCAGAGACCACGAUUUAUCACAUCAGCUGGGCCCAAUAUAGUGUACGUUGCCAGCAACCAUUUUGUCUGGCGCCUGGUGCCUGUGCCCAUCGCCAGUCAGAUCAGACAGUUACUACAGGACAAGCAGUUUGAACUGGCCCUGCAGCUGGCCAAUAUGAAGGAUGACGUGGAAGGAGAUAAGAGACAGCAGAUUCACCACAUCCAGAAUCUCUAUGCCUUCAAUCUGUUCUGUCAGAAGAGGUUCGAUGACUCCAUGCAGGUGUUCGCUAAGCUCGGCACAGAUCCGACCCAUGUGAUUGGUCUGUAUCCCGACCUGCUCCCCGCUGACUACCGUAAACAGCUGCACUACCCCAACCCCCUGCCCAGUCUGUCUGGAGCAGAACUGGAGAAGGCUCACCUGGCGCUCAUAGACUACCUGACACAGAAACGCAGUCACCUGGUGAAGCACCUGAACGACUCCGAGCCGUCCACCCCGUCUCCCCUCAUGGAAGGGAUUCCCACCAUCAAGAGCAGGAAGAAACUCCUGCAGAUCAUCGACACCACGCUGCUCAAAUGCUACCUGCAUACCAACGUGGCCCUGGUGUCCCCACUGUUGCGUCUGGAUAAUAACCACUGUCACAUUGAGGAGAGUGAGUACAUCCUGAAGAAGGCCCACAAGUACAGCGAGCUCAUCAUCCUCUAUGAGAAGAAGGGUCUGCAUCAGAAAGCCCUACAGGUGUUGUUGGAUCAGUCCACCAAGGCUAACUCUCCUCUAAAGGGACAUGAGAGGACGGUGCAGUACCUCCAGAGACUGGGGAUGGAGAAUCUGGUCAUUAUCUUUGAGUUCUCUCCCUGGGUUCUGAAGAUCUGUCCCGAGGACGGACUCAAGAUCUUCACUGAGGACCUGACAGAGGUAGAGACCCUGCCCAGAGACAAGGUCCUGAACUUCCUGAAGGAGGGCUUUAAGGAGCUGACUAUCCCCUACCUGGAGCACAUCGUACACGUCUGGGAGGAGACGGAGCCAGAGUUCCAUAACGUCCUCAUUCAGCUGUACCUGGAGAGGGUCCAGGGGCUCAUGAAGCAGUACCUCAACUCCCUGCCCGAGGGGGUUCCUGCAGUGGCUGCUGGGAAGGAGGAGGGGGACCUGGGAGAGUUUAGGAACAAGCUUCUAUGUUUCCUGGAGGUCUCUACCAGCUACGAGCCUGGACGUCUUAUCAGUGACUUCCCCUUUGACGGUCUUCUGGAGGAGCGGGCCGUGCUGCUGGGUCGGAUGGGGAAACACGAACAGGCCCUCUACAUCUACGUACACGUCCUGAAGGACACACACAUGGCAGAGGAGUUCUGUCAUAGGCAUUAUGACAAAGAGACGGACAGAAGCCAAGAUGUGUACCUGUCUCUACUGCGCAUGUACCUGUCCCCUCCUGACGUCCACUGUCUUGGGCCAAUCAAAAUGGAGCUGUUGGAGCCACAGGCCAAUCUAAUGGCAGCUCUACAUGUCCUGGAGCUGCACCACAGCAAGCUGAAUACAACUAAGGCCAUCGACCUGCUGCCAGCCAACACUCAGAUCAGAGAGAUCCGUGUGUUCCUGGAGAGUGUUCUGGAGGAGAAGGCUCAGAGGAAACGCUUUGACCAGGUGCUCAAGAGUCUGCUGCAGGCCGAGUUCCUACGGGUCCAGGAGGAACGUAUCUUCCACCAACAGGUGAAGUGUAUCAUCACAGAGGAAAAGACCUGCAGGGUUUGUAAGAAGAAGAUCGGAAACAGCGCCUUCGCCAGGUAUCCCAACGGUGUUGUGGUUCAUUACUUCUGCUGUAAGGACCGAGGGGUGUGUCCUACGGAGCAGUGACACCGCUACCCCCCCCCCCCCCCACACCUGGACGCAAAGCACUCUGGGAUACUAACAGACCAGACCGCCGUGUACUGAAAUGACAGAAUAGUUCCCUCCUGUGGACUUCGUGUUCGUAGCAGCACCCUGGAAGGCUGGGUUGAAACGACAUCACAGCAGCUGGGAUAUUCAGGAGGAGAGGAGGACUCCAUCUCCGGAACUCUGGCUGCUUCUCUCCGGAACUCUGGCUGCUUCUCUCCGGAACUCUGGCUGCUUCUCUCCGGAACUCUGGCUGCUUCUCUCCGGAACUCUGGCUGCUUCUCUCCGGAACUCUGGCUGCUUCUCUCCGGAACUCUGGCUGCUUCUCUCCGGAACUCUGGCUGCUUCUCUCCGGAACUCUGGCUGCUUCUCUCCGGAACUCUGGCUGCUUCUCUCCGGAACUCUGGCUGCUUCUCUCCGGAACUCUGGCUGCUUCUCUCCGGAACGAACUCUGGCUGCUUCUCUCCGGAACGAACUCUGGCUGCUUCUCUCCGGAACGAACUCUGGCUGCUUCUCUCCGGAACGAACUCUGGCUGCUUCUCUCCGGAACGAACUCUGGCUGCUUCUCUCCGGAACGAACUCUGGCUGCUUCUCUCCGGAACGAACUCUGGCUGCUUCUCUCCGGAACGAACUCUGGCUGCUUCUCUCCGGAACGAACUCUGGCUGCUUCUCUCCGGAACGAACUCUGGCUGCUUCUCUCCGGAACGAACUCUGGCUGCUUCUCUCCGGAACGAACUCUGGCUGCUUCUCUCCGGAACGAACUCUGGCUGCUUCUCUCCGGAACGAACUCUGGCUGCUUCUCUCCGGAACGAACUCUGGCUGCUUCUCUCCGGAACGAACUCUGGCUGUUUCUCUCCGGAACGAACUCUGGCUGCUUCUCUCCGGAACGAACUCUGGCUGCUUCUCUCCGGAACGAACUCUGGCUGCUUCUCUCCGGAACGAACUCUGGCUGCUUCUCUCCGGAACGAACUCUGGCUGCUUCUCUCCGGAACGAACUCUGGCUGCUUCUCUCCGGAACGAACUCUGGCUGCUUCUCUCCGGAACGAACUCUGGCUGCUUCUCUCCGGAACGAACUCUGGCUGCUUCUCUCCGGAACGAACUCUGGCUGCUUCUCUCCGGAACGAACUCUGGCUGCUUCUCUCCGGAACGAACUCUGGCUGCUUCUCUCCGGAACGAACUCUGGCUGCUUCUCUCCGGAACGAACUCUGGCUGCUUCUCUCCGGAACGAACUCUGGCUGCUUCUCUCCGGAACGAACUCUGGCUGCUUCUCUCUGGAAGGAACUCUGGCUGCUUCUCUCUGGAAGGAACUCUGGCUGCUUCUCUCUGGAAGGAACUCUGUCUGCUUCUCUCCGGAACGAACUCUGGCUGCUUCUCUCCGGAACGAACUCUGGCUGCUUCUCUCCGGAACGAACUCUGGCUGCUUCUCUCCGGAACGAACUCUGGCUGCUUCUCUCCGGAACGAACUCUGGCUGCUUCUCUCCGGAACGAACUCUGGCUGCUUCUCUCCGGAAGGAACUCUGGCUGCUUCUCUCUGGAAGGAACUCUGGCUGCUUCUCUCUGGAAGGAACUCUGUCUGCUUCUCUCCGGAAGGAACUCUGGCUGCUUCUCUGGAAGGAACUCUGGCUGCUUCUCUCCGGAAGGAACUCUGGCUGCUUCUCUCUGCCCCUGCUACCAGCUACCUAUUCUGCCCCACAUCCCCAGCUACCUAUUCUGCCCCACAUCCCCAGCUACCUAUUCUGCCCCACAACCCCAGCUACCUGCUAAACUACAGUACCUGUAGCUAUUCUACCAACUACUCUGCUACAGUGACUACUCUGCCCCCUCCCUCUCUCAUCCUCAGAGUCUACUCAGUACGCUAUAGAGACUAUAUAGACUAACUCUUAUUCUCUGAUGCCUUGUGACUUUUUUAAGAAUGUCCUUAAAAGCAGCCAUUUCUUUUCAGUUAGCGUGUGUUUCUGAGGGAAUGGUUUUCAGUUAGCGUGGGUUUCUGAGGGAAUGGUUUUCAGUUAGUUAGCGUGUGUUUCUGGGGGAAUGGUUUUCAGUUAGCGUGUGUUUCUGGGGGAAUGGUUUUCAGUUAGCGUGUGUUUCUGGGGGAAUGGUUUUCAGUUAGCGUGUGUUUCUGAGGGAAUGGUUUUCAGUUAGCGUGUGUUUCUGAGGGAAUGGUUUUCAGUUAGCGUGGGUUUCUGAGGGAAUGGUUUUCAGUUAGUUAGCGUGUGUUUCUGGGGGAAUGGUUUUCAGUUAGCGUGUGUUUCUGAGGGAAUGGUUUUCAGUUAGCGUGUGUUUCUGAGGGAAUGGUUUUCAGUUAGCGUGUGUUUCUGAGGGAAUGGUUUUCAGUUAGCGUGUGUUUCUGAGGGAAUGGUUUUCAGUUAGCGUGUGUUUCUGAGGUAAUGGUUUUCAGUUAGCGUGUGUUUCUGAGGGAAUGGGUUAAAAAAAACAGAUUCAAACGUAACGACUCCAUUUCUAGCAUGGUCCAUUUGCACAAACACAUUUUUUUCAGAUCCGCUGCAGCGAUAUAACCUCUCCUGAAAACUUUUUUUUUUUUUUUUAGAUCAACCUGUAUUUGGAUGUAGAUCCACAGUUUCAAAAUGUAUUUUUUAGUGAUUGAUACAAUAUAUUCAUUCAUUUUUGGGAAAAACCUGAAAGAAAAAUGAUGUCAGCAGCUCAGCCCAUGUUUCCUUAUUCCAGAAGUGAUCGGUGAAAUGAAAUGGUUCUGUCUUUAUCACGAGUGUACGUCAGAUUGGGAUGAAUCCCAAAAUGGCACCCUAUUCCAUUUUAUAGUGCACUACUAUAUAGGGUUCUAUAUAGGGUUCUGGUGAAAAGUAGUGCACUAUAUAGGGAAUAGGGUGCCAUUUUGGGAUGCACAUGCAUUAUAUAUGUUGCAGUUGUAUCCUCGCAACAUUGUAAAUAAAUACGUGCAGCAUC